GCACAUCGAAACUCUGACUUAUCAAAGAUUCCUCUAAAGAAUGGGUUCUGAAAAUGGCUCUUCAGUGACUGAGUUCAUUCUGGUGGGAUUAACCAAGCAGCCUGAUCUCCAGUGCCCCCUCUUUAUCCUAUUUCUAGUGAUGUAUGUUGUCACUGUGUUGGGUAAUCUGGGUUUGAUUACAUUAAUUGCACUGAAUUCUCACCUUCAUACCCCAAUGUACUUUUUCCUUUUUAACUUGUCAUUUGUUGACCUCUGGUACUCUUCAGUGUUCACACCCAAAAUGCUGAUGAGUUUCAUAUCAGAGAAGAACAUUAUUACCUACAAAGGAUGCAUGACACAGCUUUUCUUUUUCAGUUUUUUCUGCAUUUCUGAGUGUUAUGUGCUGACUGUAAUGGCCUAUGAUCGCUAUGUGGCCAUCUGUAAUCCACUAUUGUACAAUAUUGUCAUGUCUCCGAAAUUAUGUUUGAACCUCGUGCUUGCCUCAUACAUAAUGGCAUUUUCUGGUGCCAUGGCUCACACAGGGUGCAUGCUGAGACUGACUUUCUGUGAUGCAAACACUAUCAAUCACUACUUCUGUGACAUCCCCCCUUUGCUUCAACUCUCCUGCACCAGCACCUAUGUCAAUGAGCUGGAGGUCUUUGUUGUUAUAGGCAUCAACAUCCUUGUGCCCAGCAUCACCAUCUUCAUCUCCUAUGGUUUCAUCCUCUCAAGUAUUUUUCAUAUCAGCUCCAAGGAGGGCAGGUCCAAGGCCUUCAGCACGUGCAGUUCCCACAUAAUCGCAGUUUCUCUGUUCUUUGGAUCAGGUGCAUUUAUGUACCUCAAACCAUCUUCUGCUGAAUCUAUGAAUGAGGGAAAAAUCUCCUCUGUCUUUUACACCAACACAGUUCCUCUGCUGAAUCCCUUAAUCUACAGCUUGAGGAACAAAGAUGUUAAAAUUGCCUUGAUAAAGACCCUGAGUAAGAGAAAGUGUUGAUCUGAAAGAGUGUCCUUUCUCAUGUAGUUACUGCACUUAGAAUAUCAGUUUUCUUAGUUCCAUUUGUGUUGCUCUUAUCACUUUUUGUUUGUUUAUUUGUUUGUUAGACUGUUGGGUGAAAGAAAUUUGAACCUCACUUCCAUAAUUUAUUUCUGUUUUUUAUAGAUAAUGACUUUUAUCCCUUACUAUUGCCAUAAAUAAUUUCUCUUCUUCUUUCACAUGUUUAUUAAGAACACUAGUGGAGAAAUUUAGGUAUUCAAAAGUAUGGUAAUUUUCACCAUUUCUUCCCGUGAAGAAAGGUUACUAUUUGAUAAUCAUUUCACUUAAUGUGUCACAUAAAUAGAGGGACUCACCUGCACUGGCUUUCAGAAACAUGCUUUUACAAGAUGUUUCUAUUCUGGUUAUUUCUCCCUUAAUUGGAAUACAGGUUUUUUUUUUUUUUGGUUUUUUUUAACAAAGCCAAACUGGAAGUUUCCACAGAAAAUUUAAGUUUCUCACUCAUAUAUUCAAAUAUUACAAAUGAGUUAACUUUUAGCAAAGAGCUCUGUUAUUUGUUGAGUCCUUUUUUUCCAGGAGUUUUAGGCAUGAUUUUGAGCUAGAAACAUUAAAAUGGCAGACUAACAUAAGAUAUUUAAGCUUUUAAACAAUAUGUAGGGAAUAACCUAAGUUAUGAUAAUACCAUUUAUGCUUAACUAUUAUUAUUACUAUUUUAAAAAAGAGCAAAAACUGACUAUCCUUAAGAUACUAAAUUUAAGGUUUUCAAAGUACAAUAUAAGCUUUUUUAAAGAUAAUAUAUAUAUCUUGCUAUUGUUUAAUUUUUCUAUAUGUCAUUACAUUUUCUAACAUUUUGAAAUUUAGGAUUAAAAAAUCUUUGUUCUAUUAUAAUACUCUUUUGACAUUACUAAAUCCUUGACAUACACUUUAGAAAGUUCAUCCAUUUAUCUAUCUGAAAUCAAUAUUUACAUGCUUCAUAUUUCCUUAUCAAUGAACUUUUACAUAUAUUAGAUAUAAAAUAUGGGUUUAAGUAUUGGAAAAUAUUGUUUGGUGUUUAUCUCUUGAUCAGCACUUUCCUUUUUAAAAUGUGAUUAUGUGUAGGUACUCAAAUGAAUGAAGAUGCACCAUGGCCAUACAGGAGUCUGCAGGGAUCAGAAGAGGGCAAAAGAUCCACAGGGCUAGAGUAAUGGAAGGUUAUGACCUUCUGAGUCUUCUGCAAGAGCAACAAGUGCUUUCAACAAUUGAACCAUACCUCUCGAGCUAAUAAAAUUAUAUCUUUGUUGAAUGGAAAGUAUAUCUAGUAAAUAAUAUCUCUGCUCUUUUGUAGCCUUUAGCAUUGUGUAGUCUCUGAACUACACAUUUCCCUCUUUCUAACUGCAUUAUAUCAUCCUUCUUUAUCCUUUUACCUACGAGUCCUAAGUGUCAGGAAACACCUUUGAAUUGCCUAAGACUUGAAGAAAAUUUUCUUUAUAGGUUUCAAUUGCAUUGACUAAGUUUUCCUGUUGUAAUGUGUAUACAGUUAAAAAUGAAUUGUGUUUAUAUAUGUGUGUUAAUCUGAAUAAAGUUCAACUAAAAGCUAA